AUGCAACAUCUGCGUCUGGAAAGAGGAAUCCCAUACGCGCGCCGCCCUCAAUUGGAGAAUUGGGCAACGCCAAAUGGGAAGCAAUACGGGGACUCGUCGGAGGAGUUCUAUGUGGCUGACUUCGCGGAAUGCAACAUCUGCGUCUGGAAAGAGGAAUCCCAUACGCGCGCCGCCCUCAAGUUCAGGGAAUCGGAUGGUUCCUGUCAGCUGGUGUACGAGAGCAGGGCCCAGCUGGUCCCACCGGAAGGGUUCCAGGCGUACGUCGAAUGAGAUGCCGAGGAUGAACAAGAGAGAGAGAGAGAGGAGCAGGAGACGGUGUAG